CUGAAUAAUGGCUUCUCUUUCUAAGGAUUCGAGUGGGUUACACAGAGUUAUGGUGUCAAUCACCGUCGUCUCGUGUCGGUUAGCAAGUCUAAUUGUACAUCAAUCUAGAACAUGUCAGGUCGAGGAAAAGGUGGUAAAGGUUUGGGCAAAGGUGGAGCGAAGAGACAUCGCAAGGUCUUACGUGACAACAUCCAGGGUAUCACCAAGCCAGCCAUUCGCCGUCUAGCACGCCGUGGUGGUGUGAAGCGCAUAUCCGGACUGAUCUACGAGGAGACUCGUGGUGUUCUGAAGGUGUUUCUGGAGAACGUGAUCCGUGAUGCAGUCACCUACACGGAACAUGCUAAGAGGAAGACAGUGACAGCUAUGGAUGUUGUGUACGCUCUGAAACGCCAGGGUCGUACUUUGUACGGUUUCGGCGGUUAGUUUGCUAGCAUGUGAGCAGCUAGUGACCUACCUACCUGCAGCUGGUCCACACGAGAACGCAUCAAGGUCCUAUUUAGGACCACCACAAUGUGAUUUGUUUUUAUGAUGUGAUUUUGUGGGUUGGUUAGAUUGCUGCUGUUGUUAAUAAGUUAAUAUAUUGACUUACGCUUAACGAUGGGUCC